AACUCUAGAAUGGGGUUCUCCACAUUAUUGCUGAAAACUCUCGUUGUGGAGAUAGUGUUGCUUCCUGUGCUCGCAGCUCUCUCAAAUGAGUUGGAUCUAUCUCAAUUCCCCAAUAACUUCCUCUUCGGGACUGCUUCUUCUUCUUACCAGUAUGAAGGUGCUUACAAGAGUGAUGGCAAAGGGCCAAGUAACUGGGAUAACUUCACUCACGGACCAGGUAGAAGAAGAAUACUCGACGGAAGUAAUGGGGAUAUUGCGGUUGACCAUUAUCAUCGCUACAUGGAGGAUAUAGAUCUAAUAGAAGAUUUGAAAGUGAACAUCCAUCGGCUUUCUAUAUCUUGGGCAAGAAUUCUUCCAAAGGGUAGAUUUGGUGAGGUCAACUGGGCUGGUAUCGGCUUCUAUAACAACCUAAUCGAUGCUCUACUACUCAAAGGGAUCCAAUCCUUCGUGACUCUUUCUCAUUAUGACUACCCUCAAGAACUGGAUGAUAGAUAUAGGGGUUGGCUAAGUCCCCAAUCACAGGAAGAUUUUGCAUUUUAUGCGGACCUAUGUUUUAAAACCUUUGGUGAUAGAGUCAAGUAUUGGGUCACCUUCAACGAGCCAAACAGCAUAGUGCCACUUGGUUACCGUUCAGGUCUAUUUCCCCCAUGCCGCUGCUCUGGCUCAUUGGCAUUGGUAAACUGCAGAGAAGGGGAUUCGGAAAAGGAGCCCUUUGUAGCAGCCCAUAACAUUAUCCUGUCACAUGCAGCUGCAGUUGAUAUCUAUAGAACCAAAUAUCAGACUGAGCAAGGAGGAAGAAUUGGUAUAGUCCUUCAACAUGAAUGGUAUGAACCAAUCAGCAAUUCUACUGUUGACAAAUUGGCCACCGAAAGAGCAAGGUCAUUCACCUUCAAUUGGUUCUUGGACCCAAUUAUAUUUGGAAAGUACCCCACAGAGAUGGAGGACAUUCUUGGAAGCCUCUUACCCAAAUUUUCCAGUAACGAACAAGAGAAACUCAAGAAAGGGUUGGAUUUCAUUGGCAUCAACUACUACACAGCUUUCUAUGUCCAAGAUUGCAUGUACUCCGUGUGUAAGUCAGGACAUGGGGUCUCCAGAACAGAGGGUUCAUACAUAAAAAGUGGAGAGAGAAAUGGAACCUCAAUCGGGGAACCUACUUCGUUUAGUUGGCUUAACAUUUACCCAGAAGGCAUGGAGAAAACAGUUACAUAUGUAAAAGAUAGAUACAACAAUACUCCAAUGUUUAUUACUGAAAAUGGGUAUGGCGAACAAGACAAUCCGAAUUUCACUUUGGAAGAACAUCUUCAUGAUUUUAAGAGGAUAAAGUAUAUGGGGGAUCACAUAGAGGCCCUGUUAGCAGCAAUAAGGAAAGGAGCAGAUGUGAGGGGAUACUUUGCCUGGUCAUUGCUAGACAACUUUGAGUGGAUAUAUGGAUAUACAAUAAGAUAUGGGUUCCACCAUGUGGAUUAUGCCACGCUGAAGAGAACUUCAAGAUUAUCAGCAAGUUGGUACAAGCAAUUCAUUGCAAAGCAUAAGGAAACCUCUUUACCAGGAAUGAGAGGGCAAGAAAAACUGGUACAAAUCACUUGAGGCAGAUAAAAGGCUUAUAACACUAAUGCAGAGCCUUAUCAGCUACACUUAAUAAUUUAGAAUAUCUUAUCAGUGCUUUUGUCUUUAAUAUAAAUAAACUAGAAUACUCAUUCACUCUUCUGGCCUGCGUGUUCAAAGUUGAUUGAUUUGGCUAGAAAAGAAUAUUUCAAACUUAAGGU